AUGAUCUCCCAGUUCUUCAUUCUUUCCUCCAAAGGGGACCCGCUCAUCUACAAGGAUUUCCGCGGGGACAGUGGUGGUCGGGAUGUGGCCGAGCUCUUCUACCGGAAGCUGACGGGACUGCCCGGAGAUGAGUCCCCGGUUGUCAUGGUAACCAGUGGCGGGGAGUGGGGGAUGCGCCUGGCGGGCAGGGGGCGGCACCACGAUGACCGUCAUUUUAUUCACAUCAGACACAGCGGCCUCUAUUUGGUGGCCACGACUUCAGAGAACAUUUCUCCCUUCAGCCUCCUAGAGCUGCUCUCCCGGUUGGCCACUCUCCUGGGCGAUUACUGUGGCUCCUUGGGCGAGGGGACCAUCUCCCGCAACGUGGCUCUUGUCUAUGAGCUCCUGGAUGAAGUGCUGGACUAUGGCUACGUGCAGACCACAUCCACAGAGAUGCUGAGAAACUUCAUCCAGACAGAGGCUGUGGUCAGCAAGCCCUUCAGUCUCUUUGACCUCAGCAGUGUUGGCUUGUUUGGGGCUGAGACGCAGCAGAGCAAAGUGGCCCCCAGCAGUGCAGCCAGCCGCCCUGUCCUGUCCAGCCGCUCUGACCAGAGCCAAAAGAAUGAAGUGUUUUUGGAUGUGGUCGAGAGGCUGUCUGUACUGAUAGCAUCUAACGGCUCGCUGCUGAAGGUAGACGUGCAGGGAGAGAUCCGGCUCAAGAGCUUUCUUCCCAGUGGCUCUGAGAUGCGCAUUGGCCUGACAGAAGAGUUUUGUGUGGGGAAGUCAGAACUGAGAGGUUACGGCCCAGGAAUCCGGGUGGAUGAGGUCUCAUUUCACAGCUCAGUGCUCCUUGAGGAGUUUGAGUCUCAUCGAAUCCUCCGCUUGCAGCCCCCUCAGGGCGAGCUGACUGUGAUGCGGUACCAACUCUCAGACGACCUCCCCUCCCCACUCCCCUUCCGGCUCUUUCCCUCUGUGCAGUGGGACCGAGGCUCAGGCAGGCUCCAGGUUUACCUGAAGUUACGAUGCGACCUGCCCCCGAAGAGCCAAGCUCUCAACGUCAGGCUGCACCUUCCCCUGCCGCGAGGGGUGAUUAGCCUGUCUCAGGAGCUGAGCGGCCCUGAACAGAAGGCAGAGCUCGGGGACGGAGCCCUCCACUGGGACCUGCCUCGGGUGCAAGGCGGCUCCCAGCUGUCAGGCCUUUUCCAGAUGGAUGUUCCAGGUCUCCCUGGGCCUUCUGGCCAAGGACCCUCCACCACGGCCCCUCCGCUGGGGCUGGGCCCCGCCAGCCUCUCUUUUGAACUUCCCCGGCACACGUGCUCUGGCCUCCAGGUACGCUUCCUCAGGCUGGCGUUCAGACCCUGCGGCAAUGCCAACCCCCACAAGUGGGUGCGACAUCUGAGCCACAGUGAUGCCUACGUCAUUCGGAUCUGA